AUGACGAACCGCCGGCCUUCACUCCUUCAGGCCCGGAGCGGUCCGCACGCGCACGCUCAUUCUGCAUACAAACUUGGACACGCACACGGCCACGGCCACGGCCAGCAUUUGCAUCAUCAGUAUCCUCACGACGCCGUUGCCGGCCCUCGACCUGACGACGUCAAGCCCGAUAACGCCCAAGGACCGGAUCUUGAUAACCGAGCUGAUGUGCCAGUCCCGGACCAAAAGCCCAGUGAUGUGUUAACUCCAAGCGCAACCUCUCUCGUUACCAGGGUCAUCCAGACCGUUUCGCUCGUUCAAAUCGUGGAUACCUCUGGGUCACCAAUCGAAACGCUGACUCGCUUUGCUCCUCCCAACACCGUUGUUGUGGAUAAGAACACGGGCCAGACGAUAUCUGCUUCGAAUCCGGAUCACACAGCAGCUCCCGCUGCGCCGGGGUCCAGCCCGGGGUCCAGCGGAGGAAUCAAUUCUUCAACGUCCAGCACCGGCUCGCAAACAAACGCCACCCCUGUUGCCCCAAGCUCAGCUUCCUCCUCGGGGUCUUCAUCGGUGCCCUCGUUAGGGUCUUCAUCAGUGCCUUCGUCGGUUCCUUCAUCGGCAGCUUCGUCAGCAGCUUCACCGGCACCACUUUCACCGCCCGUACAUUCUUCACCUCCAACGGCACCCCCGGCCCCUUCGCUGGGCAUUGGCCAUAACGGAACAAACACCUCAUCAACCAAAUUCUCUUCGGCAACAACACGCCGCCAUACCUCAUCGACGACCUCUGAAGUUUCCUCUUCUCAGUUUACAUCGUUUUCAGAUACCGUCAUUUCAGCUGCCACUUCUUCCUUUGAGCCUGCGCCUACUGAUGGCGCGUUCGGAGGUGUAUUUGGAGGAGGUAGUGCACCAACGGCGAGCGGCGCAACGCCCACGCCGUCCUCGUCUUCCAACUCGACCGACGGUGCGCUCUCUCCCCAGCAGAAGCAAGUCAUUGGAGGUGUAGUUGGAGGACUGGCUGGCGCGGCUUUCUUUCUGGUUUUGGUGCUGCUAGCUCUGAGGUACAAGCGACGUCAACUCAAUGCAGCUCAAGCCGCCAGUCAACCUACUUCAGAGUCCCGUGAACUACCCCCGGCCACCGGCGCCCCUAACGGAGCUCCCAGCGGAGGAAACGGGGGUGGUAGCGGAGGCGGCAGCGGAGGCGCGAUGGCGGAGAGAUACGGCGCCGCGACGCUAACCGCCGCGUUUGCCAGUUUGUCCCCCAAAACGAGUUCCGUUUCUGCAAACUCUGCGGAAACCGGAGAAAGAGGUUUCUACCGUGUGUCUGGCAGAAAGCUGCCAUCAGUUCUGCAGGUGGGGGGCGAUGGGUACUCAGACCCUCGUGCGAGUUUCAUGAGCGGCACCUCAGACUGGAAUCGCGGCUCCCAGGCCUUUGAUCCCUUCGGAGGACCGGGAGCCCGGUUACAGCUUGGUGCCCCCAUGCGACCAGACAGCGGCGUACCCGUUGUUCGAUCCGGCCCAGCCCGAGCUGUUGUCGCAGAGUCAAACCCAUUUGCAGACCCUCCGAGAACCCCCCCUGCCGACGCCUCCGUGCCCCCUAUGAUGCGGCAACGCGAGAGCCCCGGCAGAGGAUCCAGAUUUCAGGAAGGCCUUUGA